AUGUCGCAGAUCUGCAUUAGCGAUAGCGAUGAUAGUGAUGCGUUUGAGUGGGACACUGAUGGCGAGGCUGAGCCCUCAUCGGUUGCGGCCUUGAGGAACUUUGAUGCUCCUGGGCCAUCCACACUGGAUGCCAAUGAGUGCGUCAAGAGGAAAGCAUCAUUUGAUUUAGUCAAGGAAUAUGUGGGAAUGGGUUUCCUAGAGGAGCAUGUCUUGAAAGGAAUCGAAAAAGUUGGGCACAGUGAUGCAGAUGAAUUGCUCAAUCACCUUCUCACCUAUCAGCUCCCAGGUGAUGACUGUGUGAGUAAUUUCUCGACUUCUGGUUGCGCCCCCUUGAGUGUUGAAGAGGGCAGUGAUGACGACUUUUAUUUUGACUGGGAAAGCGACGAGGAUGCUGGUGGAAGGGAACCCAACUCUGAUGGUUCUGGUAAUGAGGACAUCUUACAAGAGAUGGUUGAUAAGGAUGAGAAGAUCAAGUUCCUACAGGAAAUGGGCUUUCCUGGAGAUGAAGUGGAUAGAACUAUUACCAGAUGCGGUGUCAACGCUUCAAUGGAUGUGCUAAUCGAUUCAAUACAUGCAUCACAACAUCAGGCUACUAACAGGUGCUUUGACUCCUUCGGAGGGAGAGAAAAAGCAAAAGUCAUGGAGGAGAGCAAGAACAAGAGGAAGCUAUACGGAGGUCGAGCACAAGGAAGCCAACCCCGCCGCCGCUUGGAUGGUAGCCAGGUGAACUCUAUGCGCCUUCCUAAUCCCAUGAAAGGGUUUAGUCUGCCUAAUGACAGGCAUAGGCUACCGCCAGUUAACAGAAGGCUUCCCGACGAAGCAAAAGGACGCCCGUUCUUCUACUACGAAAACGUGGCCCAGGCUCCUAAAGACACAUGGAGGAGAAUUUCGGAUACUCUGUAUGGAAUUGAACCAGAAUUUGUGGACUCACAAUAUAUCUGUGCAACCGCUAGGAAGAGAGGUUAUAUCCACAAUCUCCCGAUCGAGAACAGACUUCGUCUCCCCCUCCCACCACAGACUAUACUUGAGACCUUCCCCCAUUAUGAGAAGUGGUGGCCUAAAUGGGAUUCGAGAAGGAAGUUCAACUGCUUGCAAACUGUGAAGGCACCUGCAACGGUGACAGAGUGGAUUCACCGUGACCUUGCAACCUUAAGCAGCCCACCACCUCCAAGCGUUCAGAAAAGGGUUAUUUACCAGUGCAAGAAAUGGAAUCUAGUGUGGACUGGAAAAAACAUAGCUGUUCCUCUGGAAGCGGAUGAGAUGGAGAAACUGCUUGGUUUCCCAGUCAACCACACAAGAGGAGUCAGCAAGACCGACCAGUACAAAUCUCUUGGCAACUCUUUCCAGAUUGACACCGUCACUUAUCAUUUAUCGGUGCUCAAAAGGAUGUUUCCUAAUGGCAUGACUGUGUUGUCCCUCUUCAGUGGAAUUGGAGGAGCAGAGGUAGCUCUCCAGAGGCUUGGGAUACGCCUAAAGGCGGUUGUCUCUGUUGAGAAAUCGGAGGUAAACAGAAGAAUUUUGAAAGCUUGGUGGGGUCAGACUGAGCAGCAGGGAACGUUGAUUGAGUUUGAUGAUGUGGAGAAUUUGAGCAAGGAAGAGAUCGAAUAUCAUACUAGAAGAUUGGGUGGUUUCGACUUGGUGAUCGGGGGCAGCCCAUGCAACAACCUUGCGGGCAGCAACCGACACCACCGCGUUGGUUUACAGGGCAAGGAGAGUUGUCUGUUCUUCCAAUACUUCAGGAUUUUGGGUGUUGUCAAGUCCGUAAUGGCGACCAUGCGUGAGGAAGGCGACACACGCUACUGA